AUGAUUUCGCCAGCACUUUAUGUAACGUCGCCGGAAGAUCACACGGUGUCAUCGGCGAGUUUGUGUAUGUCUCCUAGCGCGGAGGCCGUCCCCUCUGGACCCCCCCUCCACGCGUCCACGCCGCUCGAGAGGCGCCUGACCGACGGCCACGCGAACAGGAUCAGGACGGACCAUAACGCUAACGGGGAUCGCGACAGCGACCUCGUCAACCACAAUGUCGACUUCAUCAAUGGGAACGUGCAAGUGAACAUAGUAUCCGAAUCUACGAGUAUGGACGUUCUGAGCGGAGGCGAAAGCGACGCCGGAGACACGAUUAGUAGGCGGAACAAUAAUAGUCUGUCCUCGCGCGUGACCUUGGGCGACAUGACGUGUAAGCGCAAGGCGGGCGACGUGACGUACUACGUGGCCAAGGAGCUGCUGAUGACCGAGAGGACCUACAAGCGGGACUUGGAACUUCUUACCGUGACGUGGUCGAAGCGUGUCGGUUCUAUCGGCCGAACCGCUUCGUCGGGUCCCGAAGCUGCAGCCCUAGCGAAGGCCUGUCUCGCUUUGGAGCCCCUGGCUUUGCCCGCUGGAGCGCUUUUGGCGAGACUCGACAGGGCUUUAGCGUCGUCUUCUCGACAACAUGAUAACGAAGAACCGGAGUACCGGAGGAUAGCCGACCUACUCUUUGACUACUUAUCGAAUACGUACGACGCGUACGCUGAGUACACUGAGCAAGCGGGCACUUUGGUGGCGCUAGUGGAGAGCGCGAGGAGGCGAGGUGGCGCAGCCUCCAGGGAGGCGAGCGCCUUCGAUCACUCGUCCCCGCUGCCGCUGUCGUGUCUGCUGUUGCGCCCGUUGCACCGACUGCUACACUACUGUACCCUGACGCACGAGCUGUGGUCGGCGACGUGCGGGCAGCAGGCGCUGUCGGCGCACGAGCUGGCGAGCAAGGCCGCGAGCCUCGCGCUCACGCAGCUGCGCCACGUGGAGAACCACGCGGCGCUUUGCCAGCUGCAGAGGGACAUUGUCGGUUACGACAAAUUGCUGGUCGCGGAGCGCGAAUUCGUCCGUUUGGGUUGCGUUUACAAACAUUCUUCGAAAGGACUCCAGCAACGGAUGCUGUUCCUGUUUAGUGACUUACUGCUUAUAACUUCGAAGUCGUCGAGAGGUCAAUUUCGCGCGCACAGCGUGCUCCCGUUGCACCGAUUGAGGCUCGAUGCUAGCGAAUUGCCUCACUCCAUAACCAUUCUAGAUGACGAUUCUUCCGUGUUGAUAAGCACGAGCAACGACGUGGAGUUCGCCGGGUGGUGGGAGUCUCUGUCGGACAGCAUAGAGGCGGCACAAGAGUCGCACGCGCAGGUCGACACGAACCUCACUCAUAUCGACAACGAUGCAGAUAACACGGACGUCAGCACAAAUGCCUCAACGUCGAACGCCCUCAGCUACGUCUGCUGGCACCGAGCCACUUCGCUAACCCGCGACCACCUGCAUCUGGCGUUAAGGAGCCAGCUUUCGGGGUAUCUGCUGCGCAAGUUUAAAAACUCACACGGCUGGCAGAAGUUGUGGGUUGUCUUCGCGCUGUAUACGCUCUUCUUCUACAAAAGUUGGCAAGACGACACGCCGCUCGCUUCGCUGCCGCUUUUGGGUUACAGUGUCAGCGCGCCCUCUCCCAGCGACGGCAUCGAGAAGGAUUUCGUCUUCAAACUGCAAUACAGGAGCCACGUCUACUUCUUCAGAGCUGACAGUCUCUUUACUUAUAAUAGGUGGGUUGAAAUUCUGCAAACGCCAAUGUUGCAAUCUCGUCACAAUUGA